AUGACCCAUAACCUCGCCCAAUGCCAGCAGCUUGUCAAGCGAGCUGUCGCAGCAGGCGCAAAGGCACUCUUCCUCCCUGAGGCUUCCGAUUAUAUCGCUUCCUCCUCAGCCGAGUCUGUAGGACUCUGUCAAGACGUUUCCAAAAGCCCAUUUGUCCGUGGCCUCCAGCAGGCUGCAAGGGACAACUCGUUGCUGAUCAACGUGGGUAUCCAUGAACCAACCGAUCCGUCUUCCAAAAGAAUAAAGAACACUCUGAUAUGGAUCGACAAAGAGGGAGAGAUCGCUCACCGAUAUCAAAAGCUGCAUGUGUUUGAUAUUGACCUACGCCCUAAUGGGCCGAGACUGAAGGAGAGCGACUCUGUCGAGCCUGGACAUGAGACUGUGCCUCCAUAUCAGACGGUUUUGGGUAAGCUCGGUAGCCUGAUAUGUUUUGACCUGCGGUUCCCUGAACCCUCCAUCCGGCUGCGUCGCCAAGGAGCGGAAGCUCUGCUGUACCCAUCAGCCUUUACCGUUCCGACCGGAAAACUCCACUGGGAGGUUCUCCUUCGUAGUCGAGCGAUAGAGACGCAAUGCUGGGUAAUUGCCGCAGCACAGUGUGGUCGACAUAACGAGAAACGCGUCAGUUAUGGCGAUGCCAUUGUCAUCUCCCCAAAUGGUCAGAUUGUCCGCCGUCUAGACCAUGUGGAUGAUCUGGAUAGCGAAAAGGAGCUCGCCCGUGAACCAGACAUGUUCACCGUCGACAUUGACUUGGAUCUUGUCAAAGAGGUCAGGAAAGGUAUUCCAUUACUGAGGCGAACGGAUGUCUACCCUGAAAUAUGA